AUGUAAAAAAACUCAAACUAAUUUUCAGGUUAGAUAUUUAAUAUAAUCUUAAAUAGGUCCAAAAUUUGUAAAAGAUAAUAGUUAUAAAUCUAGAUCAGAACAUAAUCAAUCAUUUGAUGGUUCAUAUUCCAACAAUUAUACAACAUCAAUUAGUAAUAAGAGCAGACAAAAAAGUUAUAGUUAACAAAGCAACAUUUUAGAUGAAUUAGAAGAAGAGUAAUUUCCAAAUUAGAUUAAUGUUGCAAUUCAAAAGAGAUAAUUUGAAUUAGCUUUAUAGAAUGAACUUCAAAAAUUUUUAUCAAAAAUUAUUGCUGGAUAAUAAUUUUCAAUUGAAGACUGUUAGAUUAUCAUAAAAGCAAUAGAUGAAUGUAUAUCAGAAAGCAUUCAAACUAUAAAAUUGAAAGAAGCAGAAGUAUUUAUAUUGUUAAUUAUAUAUCAGAUAAAAACCAUCAAAUAGAGUUUUGAAAUGAAAAUAAAUCAAUAUGAAAAUACAAUAUUAGCAUUAGAAAAUGAAAUUUAAGAAUUAAAACAUAUGAUAACAUUAAAUCCAAACGAUUCUAUAAAUUUCAAAUUAUCACAAUUAGAAUAAGAAAAUGAAAUGCUUAAAUUAUAAAAUUAAUAAGCAAUUAAAUUAGCAGUUUAGGGUAGAAAUAAGAAAUAAGAGAAAGAACUUUUAGAGCAAAUGAAUAGUAAUAAAUCAAAACCAAAAACUUAAGUUAAUAAUUAUUCAAUUUUAUUGAAUCAACAGUACAAUAAAAUUUACCAACAAGAUAAGAAAAUAAAAUAAUAGUUAUUUUGA